CCGAGCCCAUAAACAAAGCCACGUGGGCUCGGGCGGGAGGGGGGGGGGGCCGGGCUGAGAGCAGGCGGCUCUUCCGGCAACAAAGGGCCGGAGCCUGCGGCCCGGGAUAAAUAGUGCGGCCGCGACGGCGGCGCAGCAGUCCGGCCAGCCCCGCGCGCCCUGCGGCCCUCCCCAGCGCCGCGCCCUCUGCGAACACAGGCGCUGGGCUCCGCAGCCGCCCCCCGUCGCCGGCUCCGGCGCCCGAGCACCCGCCCCGGGCGGCACUUCCCCGAGGCCGCCCAGCCGGUCCGGUCCGUCAGUCCGUCGAGUCCGUCGCGUCUUCCCCGGUGCCAUGCCAUUCCUCGGACAGGACUGGCGGUCCCCCGGGCAGAGCUGGGUGAAGACGGCCGACGGCUGGAAGCGCUUCCUGGAUGAGAAGAGCGGCAGUUUCGUGAGCGACCUCAGCAGUUACUGCAACAAGGAAGUCUACAACAAGGAGAAUCUUUUCAACAGCCUGAACUAUGAUGUGGCAGCCAAGAAGAGAAAGAAGGACAUGCUGAAUAGCAAAACCAAAACUCAGUAUUUCCACCAAGAAAAAUGGAUCUAUGUUCACAAAGGAAGUACUAAAGAGCGCCAUGGAUACUGCACUUUGGGGGAAGCUUUCAACAGGCUGGACUUCUCAACUGCUAUUCUGGAUUCCAGAAGAUUUAACUACGUCGUACGGCUGUUGGAACUGAUAGCAAAGUCACAGCUCACGUCCCUGAGUGGCAUCGCCCAAAAGAACUUCAUGAACAUUUUGGAAAAAGUGGUACUGAAAGUCCUUGAAGACCAGCAGAACAUCAGGCUAAUCAGGGAACUGCUGCAGACUCUCUACACGUCCUUAUGCACACUGGUGCAAAGAGUCGGCAAGUCGGUGCUGGUCGGGAACAUCAACAUGUGGGUGUACCGAAUGGAGACGAUUCUACACUGGCAACAGCAGCUGAACAAUAUCCAAAUUACCAGGCCUGCCUUCAAAGGCCUCACCUUCACCGACCUGCCUUUGUGCCUCCAACUGAACAUCAUGCAAAGGCUGAGUGACGGGCGUGACCUGGUCAGCCUCGGCCAGGUGGCCCCCGACCUGCACGUGCUCAGCGAGGACCGGCUGCUUUGGAAGAAGCUCUGCCAAUACCAUUUCUCCGAGCGGCAGAUCCGCAAGCGAUUAAUUUUGUCCGACAAAGGACAGCUGGAUUGGAAGAAGAUGUAUUUUAAACUUGUGCGAUGUUACCCACGGAAAGAGCAGUACGGAGACACCCUUCAGCUUUGCAGACACUGUCACAUUCUUUCCUGGAAGGGCACUGACCACCCGUGCACAGCCAAUAACCCAGAGGGCUGCUCCGUUUCCCUUUCACCCCAGGACUUUAUCAACUUGUUCAAGUUCUGAAUCCCAGCACAGGACAACACUUCUGAAGGGCUUCCCAGCUGAUCAGACGGCUGGGAAUACAGAGCUUGGACAGUUCAUUUGUAAAUAGUGUACAUUUGAAACGUUGGCUCAAAACUUCUGAGCUAAGUCACUGAGAGGACAUUGGAAGGGGAGAUGCAGGUGCCGGCAGGGAGCUGAAGAAUACGGACUUCUCAUUAGAACUGGUAUGGAAAAACGGAAAUACUGUAAAUAAACUUUUUUCUAACUAUUUGCCGGCAAGACUGUAAGGGCAGGAAUUCAGUUUCAUCGGUGAAAAUGGAAUUCUCCUCAUGUUCACUGAGACUCCUUGGUAGUUCCCUAGGGAUGUGGAAGAAAAGGGCAGAAGUCGAAUACAAGAUAGAACACUCUGUUUACAAUGUGAAAAUUUGCUUAAAGAAAGAGAAGACGACAACAUAAUGCGAAAUCCCUGCGCUUUGGUUUUGAUUGGGGGGAGGGGAGGUUGUUUUAAAAAGGCAAAGGAAGCACCACCCAUCUUAAACCCGCGAGGGCAUAGGGCCUUAUCUUGCAAAUAUAUCACACAAUAGUCUACCUCGGAAAGUAUGCAGUGCUCCCUCCGCCAAAGUGCAUUGUCCAGUAGGCAGUGUCUGUUUUUCUUGGUUUUUCGUCACAUGAAAGUGGUUUCAAUAGGAAGGGAUCCUGGAGGCAAUCCUCAUCAUGUUGCAGACUUCCUUUUUAGAUGAAUAGGCACUCUUCGGAGUGGCCUCUUUUCUAGAAUAACUCCACAGCACAUAUGCCUUUUUUUUCCCCUUUCAUGUUAUAGCUGUGAUAUAGCUCAUCUGGGGCAACGUAAGGCCUAUUAAAAACAGUCCCAGAGGAAGUCCUACCACAGAAAAGAUGGAAUGAGUCACCCAAAAGCUGUGAAGACUUUCUUAUUCCUGUUUAACUUCUCGGCUUGUCUGGGCUUCCCAGAAUAUCUUCACAGAUAAGUGUAAUCUGUGGACUGGUCGAAGCCAGAGUGCUGAUAAAGUCUUGUAAAACAGGUUUUACAUAUCAGUUAAACGUUUUACUAGGGGCUGUCCCCCAGGGCAGGUGAUGGGCUGAGGAGCUUUCUUUUCUUUAUGUCCAACAUCAAAAUUUACUCAGCCUAAGCGAGGAUUUCUUGCGAGGAUGACGAGAUAAAGCCUGGAGUUCCAAUCACAUAGGGAACAGAAGUACUGUGAGUUCAUCCCUAAACUUGCUCCAUACCCCUGGGGAUCUUGCUAGGCAAAUAUCACAGGUAACUGUGUGGAAGAAAGGAAAUCUCAGGACUUAAUGAGGUCAUUGUCAAAUAUUCCUGGGAUGGGGUAGGGGAUGUUUUUGUUUUUUACUUUUUAUAGAACUUUGCUUUUCUACAACAAUGUACAUAUUUUGGCAGUUGUAUUUGCUUUGUGCUGCUUUUCUUCUUUUGCAAAUAAAGUUGCCACCCUGCCAUGCCCUUGGCAAAUAAGUGAAGCAGAAAUAGGAACUUGCUCACAUUCACAGUGGAGAACAGUGUAUCCUUAGGGGUUGAACCUUGGGGUGACCUGUGGAGGGGAAAGGUGGGUAAGCAUGUACAGAAACAAGGCCAGGUGCCAGCCAGUGAUGCAGAGCCCCUUCCUGCCCUCCCCUCAGUGCACAGCCCCCGUAUCAGCAUGCUGAAGAGAAGUCAACUCUCCAUCAACCCUCCUCACUGGGCCUACGCACCAGGGUGUCUCCAUGUUUAUUUUCACUACCCCCACGCCCAUCAGAAGAAAAAGUAAAUUGCAUUUAAAUUCUCCCCACUGAGAAGAAUUAAACAUUAAAGAAUAAGAUCUUGUUGGGUAAGGUUGAGCUUCCGGAGCCCCUGUAAUACCAAAUGGGUUUUUUUGCUCUCCCCUCCCCCCUGAGUCAAAGUCACACUGAGGAAUGCAGGACCUAGAUGGUGGAAUAAAAAAGCGCUUCCAGAAUUCAGACAACUUCUCUUAAAUGUCUCUGCUUCCUGAAAAAUGGGGGGCGGAGCUGGGUUGAUUGUUACUCUGAGAUCUCUGGAACCUUUGACUCUGACGUUUUUAGGUGUAGGUGUUCGUGGCCUUCCACAUCUGUCCAUCAACUCGUGACCUCUGCCUCUUCAUGCCCAUCAGGAAGGUGGGAACUCCCAGGCACCCUCGGGUGUGCAGUCCCAGAAAUGUUGCCUGCUUUAGGUCAUCAGCACAAAGUUGGCAAACCAGUCUCCUUUGGACUAUCCACAGUGCCUGCGACUGCCUGUCAGACCCCAGGCAGCGAGGCGCAUCUGUGCAAGAUGACUCCUACCGCAAGUGGUAGGGUGAUGGUUUUCUGAGUUGUUUCCCUUGAUGGUGCCUCUGGGCUCUCCCCAUCUCUGUUGGCAUUUUUGGAGGUGAUGUGGUGACAGAGUCGAGGAAAAUUUUUGAGGAAGAUUUUUAAGGAAAAAGAAGAAACCAACAUUUGUGGUUCUCUUUCAUUGGAAGAGGAGACAAAGAAAGGAAAUCGCAGGUGGAGAGGGAUGGGGGAAGAAAUAGAAAUGGCCUAUCUUUGAUGCUGUGGUUUGUGUGAAGGCAAUGGAGAAGAACAUGGCGGGUGAGAGCAUCUGUGUUGGUGCCACGUGGCAGCUAUUAAGCAUGGCCAGAGCCUCACAUAUAAGUAAAGCCAGUGAAAAAGAAAAUUCUCGUUCCCUGGGUACUAAUCGUCUUUAGAAUUUCUAUUGGCAAACCCUCUAGGGACAACCUAACCUAAAAAACAAAAACAAAGGAUCCCUGUCUCAAAACUGCUGGUCUAAAAGCCAGGGAGACAGGACAAUGGAAAGUGCUGGAAGAGAUAAAAGGCUCCCCUCUCAUUGCUGUACCUACCUAACCACCCCUGCCCCCGUAACAUAGAAUUUAACGCCCUGUCAACUAGGAAGUAAUUUGGACUUCCAGAGAAGGAAGGAGGGCGCCCAGGGCAGUGUGAGUGAGCACAAGUCCACAGGGAUGUUAGGUAUGAUCUGGUCCAACGUCAAGGUGUAUGAUCAACGAGCCCGGAGUCUCUUGAGAGUAAGGCACAACAUUUGGGGAAAGACUAUGUGAGUGCUCACCUCACAGCAAGAUCCAGAGAAAAGUCCAAUGACAUCUUCAAGUAGAGGGCAUGAUUACUUGAUGCUAUUACUUUGAGUAGAUGGAUCAGUAGCAUCGGAGGGCGACUGGCAAAACCACAAAAAACAUCCCCAGGGUGUCAGCCGUGAGAUGACAUUUGUUUAGUGAUGAUCAAUUUUAUACUGAAGUGGCCUAGAGGAGAUAAUUGCAGGUGGGCUGGGUUGAUACUGCAAAACACUCGGUACAACAGUGGGCUUUACUGGGUGAUGGUGAAGGAAGGUCACCAGCAGGUAUGGUGUUAUUGUCAUGAUUCUCUGUGGAUUCGAAAAGUGUUUUUCAUGAGGAGCUUACAAUUUAACACAGGCUCCUUUUUUCUGUUGUUUCUAUGUGGGAGAAGAGAGGGAGCUUAGAAUUUCAUUUGUCUAAGCAAGUGGUGUGAUUUGCAAGGUCAAUCAUUUCAAGACAUGUUCAACUGUAUAUCGUUUGUAGCAUUGAAUAUUUAUCAUAAAAUACGCACCUGCGUUUAUAGUUUUCUGCCAGGCUAUAGGGCAAUAAUGUUUUGCUAUGCACUCUAUUUUAUGUGUGUGAAUUUUUUUAACUGUAAUUUUAUGUGUGAAUUUUUUUUUAACUAAACUAUAUCAACAUUU